AUGGCAGCAGCAGCGCCGACGCAUGCGCCCAAAUGGAACAUCAAGCAGCUCAAGCAAAUGGCGGCAGGUGGAGGCGCUGGCAUCGUGGCCAAGACAGUCGUGGCCCCAUUCGAGCGAGUCAAGAUCGUGUGCCAGACGGGCGAGAGUGUGGGAAUGUUGCAGACGACACGCAGCAUCUUCGUGAGCGAGGGCGUGCUGGGCUUCUGGCGUGGCAACAUGGCGGCCUGUGUGCGUGUGGUGCCUCAUAAAGCGGUUCUCUUCGCUUUUUCGGACUUUUACAAGGAUCUGUUCCGGUCCAUGGACCCGUCGGGACAACUGCCGGCAUGGGGGCCAUUCGUGUCCGGAUCCUUGUCGGGCUUCACGGCGUCUAUCAUAACGUACCCGUUGGACCUCAUCCGUACGCGGGUGUCGGGGCAAAUUGGGGAGAAUCUGGUCUACAGUGGCAUCGCCCAUACAUUCACGAGGACAUUGAGAGAGGAAGGAUAUCGUGCUCUGUUCCGCGGCAUCGGCCCCACACUCUUUGGGGCGCUGCCCUACGAAGGGAUUAAGUUUGGGAGUUAUGACAUUCUCACAAGUCAUUUACCUGGAGAUAUCGACCCCAAGGCAGACUUUGCGGGUAAAAUCCUGUGUGGAGGAGGAGCUGGAGUGCUCGCCACGAUCUUCACCUACCCGAACGACACCGUGAGACGAAGACUGCAGAUGCAGGGGGCAGGAGGAGCAGCCAGACAAUACAAGAACGCAUGGGACUGCUACGUCAAGUUGGCGAGGAACGAGGGCUGGACAGUGUACUACAGAGGUCUGACACCCACUCUGGUGCGAGCUAUGCCCAACAUGGGUGUACAAUUCGCCACCUACGACUUCCUCAAGAGCCUCAUCGAUUGA